AUGGCACAUUGUCAAGUUCACACACAUGGACAUGCCCCCAAACCCUCCUACAACACUCCCACAAGACUCGCACCUUCGGUGUUCGACUGUAAAUUUGGAAUCCACAUCAAAAAUGGCUGGUAUUUUACCAUGGAUAAAGUCGGGAUUUUAGCCUGCGUUCUGAUUGUCAUCUCUGUUUCAACAGUUGCCGAGGCGACAUGCACGUUCCCUAGCUACACACUAGGUUACUGGAUCAACCACGACAACGACAACAUCAUACAGUUCCAUUCUCAGACGAUUGUCAACUUCGUCAUUGACACCUACACACUCGACAUGUACUGUUUUCUCAACUCGGGUACGAAAUACGUAUUAAAGACUAACAUAGAGCAUCCCCUGUUUGAUGAAACAGUGUGGAUUUACGUCUGCUGGGACCUCGUCCAAGAUUCACCUUCCACCUUUUUGAUAUAUCAGCUUUCUGAUCAGAUAGGUGAAUUCAUGGAAGAACGAGGACGAGCGUAUCUGGGCAAGGACACGACUGUUCCCAGUAUUCAUUCCGUCUGUAAGCUAUCCACUUCGACCAGUCCCAAACCCAUCGUCAUGACCAAACUACCAUAACCAAUGGCAAACUCACAUAACCCAUGGCAGUGCAGAAUAGUCAAAUAACAUUGAUAGCCGUUACAGAUAGAGAGAAAAACAAAACAAAUAAAAAAUACAGAAAAAACAUCAACGAAUAACAAAACAAAACCAUCGGUGUUGGGUGUUUGUAUGGGACGGUCGACUUCUCAGUUUAUGAACUUCGUAAAUUUGUUUUAAAAUAUGCUACUUCUGUGUCAAAACACCGAAUGUUCUUUUAUUUGGACUUUGCAAAACAAGUGUACACUAAACAAAAGUGUAUUUUUUAUUGAUGUUAAGGGACAGAGCCAAACAGUUCGAUAUAACGGUGGGUCCAGAUAAAGCUAGUUUUGGUGAAAUUGUGUCUUUCCCAAGAUAUCCGGGCUUACCAAAUAACACAAUUCACAACGAUGACCCUCUGUGUGUGUGCGUGUGUAUAUUUGUGUAAAAUGUAAUACAGUUACACAUGUGUUAAAGGCAUACUGUCACAUAUUUAAGGACCUUAUUUCUCUAAAAAUGAAUAAUAAAUCAA